GCUUGCACAGGGAGUGACCUGUGUCUGGAUUCUCUCUGUCUCCCAUCAGGUGAUUGGAUGGGGAGUGAUAACGAGGAGGAGAAACCCCAACAGGAAGAUGCUGAGAAAGUAGAACCACAUGGGAUAUUAUCAGGAAGAUCCAAAGGGAAUGUUUCCGGGAGUUGUGCACUCCCAGAAAAAGCCAAAGCCUGUGAGACUCUGCACAGGCCAGAGGAGAACUUCAGUAGCCACUCAGACCUUAUUCCCCGUGAGAGAAUCAACUUGGAAGACACACAGUACACAUGCCAUGAGUGUGGGAAAAGCUUCAAUCAAAGCUCAAGCCUUAUCACACAUCAGAGAAUCCACAGUGGAGAGACGCCUUACACGUGCGCUGAGUGCGGGAAACGCUUCCAUCGGUGCUCAAACCUCAGUGCACAUCAGAGAAUCCACACUGGUGAGAAACCUUAUGGAUGCUCUGAGUGCGGGAAACGCUUCAAGCAGAUCUCACACCUUAUCAGACAUUGUAGAAUCCACACGGCAGAGACGCCCUACACGUGCUCUGAGUGCGGGAAAAGCUUCAAUCAGAGCUCAAUCCUUAGCAGACAACAGAAAAUCCAUAGAAGCGAGAGGGAGGAAGGGAGGGAGGGA